AUGAGCAAGAUCCCUCUGCAAGCACCUGAACACUCACCCGGCCAGUCGAACGGAGUCGUUCCCAGGCCUAAAACAUCAGCACGCAGCGAGUCACGCACCGAGCCACGCACUGAGCCACGCACCGAGCCGAUUCCCCAGUCCCAGUCCCAGUCCCAGAUCCUCGCCUUCCGCAACCCAGAGCUGAAGCCUCUCCCCCUCCUGAGCAACCACAGCAGCCAUGCCCCGGCAAUCUCCCAAGACGGCGUCGGCAGCGCCCUCAGCGACACCCCUGCCCCCUCUGCUCCUGCGAGCCCGCGCAUGCCUGCCAUGAGGUCCAAUUCUGCUGCCUCCACCCCUCGAAUGCGUCCCACGACGCUCGACAUCCCCGGACUGACCAAGUCCAAAGUCUCCCCUGAUGGCAAGAUCGCCCAGCGCGAUGUCGGCUCCAAGCUCGUCAUCAUCAUGGUCGGCCUGCCUGCGAGAGGCAAGAGCUACAUCACCAAGAAGAUGACUCGCUACCUCAAUUGGCUGCAGCACGAUACCAAGAUCUUCAACGUUGGCGAGCGGCGUCGAGUUGCCGCGAGCGGCCACGGCUAUCAAAUGUCUUCAAGCAGCCUGGAGAGGGGCCCUUCCGGCCUGGCGCACGCUUUGGAGCAGAAGGAGUCCACGUUGCCUCAGAUUGCGGCCAAAAUCCUCAUCAACGGCGAAUCGGUGGAUACCCUGUCGCCCCUCAACCUGCCUAGCCCCGUGCGAGAACACCACGACGCCGGGCUGGAUUGCGUUGAUCCUCGUCCAGCCCGAGUUGUCUCUCCCGGCCCCGCCCCUCUCACUCCGCCUCAAGAGGCCGAAAACGACAAGGCCAUGGACCAGUCCGCCAGCUUCUUUGAUCCGUCGAACAAGAAGGCAGCGCAGAUCCGGGAACAGUGCGCCAUGGAAACUUUGGACGACCUUCUCGACUACAUCUUGAUUGGCAAUGGCUCUGUCGGCAUUUUCGAUGCCACGAACAGCACCCUAGCUCGCAGGAAGCAGAUCAUGGAAAAGAUCCGCCAACGCGCUGGGCCGGAGCUCAACGUUCUCUUUGUUGAGAGCGUCUGCCAAGACCAGACAUUACUGGAGUCUAAUAUGCGCCUGAAACUCUCCGGACCCGAUUACGAUGGCAAAGAUCCGGUGGCUGCCCUAACUGAUUUCAAGAAACGUGUGGCCAUUUACGAAAAGAACUAUGUCCCUAUUGGUGACUAUGAGGAGGAAAAUAACAUGCCGUACGUCAAGAUGGUCGAUGUUGGCCGAAAGAUGGUCUCUCACCAGGUCCGCGGCUUCCUCGCAGGACAGGCCGUGUAUUACUUGCUCAACUUUAACCUGGCACCGCGCAUGAUCUGGAUCACUCGUCACGGUGAGUCUUUGGACAACGUCGCUGGUAAAAUUGGCGGUGACUCCGAUUUGAGCGAGAAUGGACGUAAAUACGCCAAGGCCAUGACCAGGUUCAUCGACUGCCAACGAAAGGAAUGGGCAAUCCACCAAGCCGACAAGAUUGCCAAUACCCACUUCCCACCCAUUCCUGGCGAUCACACGCCACCCAAUCCUCACUAUGGCAACGAGACUGAAACCAAGAACUUCUGUGUCUGGACGUCGAUGUUGAAACGGAGCGUCCAAUCCGCCGAGCACUUCUGCGACGAAAAUUAUGAUGUGAAGCAAAUGCGCAUGCUGGACGAGCUCAAUGCCGGUAUCAUGGAAGGCCUCACUUACACUGAAAUCAAGGAGCGGUACGAGGAAGAAUUCUUCCGUCGAAGAAAGGACAAACUUGCCUACCGCUACCCCGGGCCUGGUGGAGAGGGAUAUCUCGACGUCAUUAAUCGCAUCCGCCCCGUCAUUGUUGAGCUUGAGCGGAUGACUGAUCAUUGCUUGUUGGUAACCCACCGUUCUGUGGCCCGCGUCCUCCUAGCCUACUUCCAAGGCCUGAACAGGGAGGAUGUCGCUGAUUUGGAUUGUCCUCUGGGCAUCUUAUACCAACUCGAACCAAAGCCAUAUGGUGUCGAGUUCAAAGCCUGGCGUUACAAUCCAGAUCAGGACGACUUUGAGCACCUUCCGGAUUACAAGCUGCGCCGAGCUCCUGUCAUCCAUUAA